AUGAUGGAGUCUAAUCUCAAACAUGCUCAAGAAAACGAACUUCGUGUUCUGAGCUCAAUUUAUAAUAAUGCUUUGAAAGAUCUUCGUACUAAACGUGAUAAACGUUUACGUCCACCAUAUUUUUCUUUAACAAUAACACCAUUACGAUCUGAUAGUAUAAUAUCACAAGAAAAAAAUGAUCCAACAUUUGAUUUGAUUGUUCAAGAAACAUCAAAAUAUCCAAAUGAACUUCCGGAAAUAAAAUUAGCAAAUCCAAAAAAUUUAUCUAUUGAAGCAUUAGAACGAUGCGAAAAAGAACUUCGAAUUCAAAUGCAAAAUUAUGUCGGAGGGGAAAUGAUUUAUUUACUUGCACAAUAUGCACAAACAUUUUUAGAUGAAUUUCGUCCACGAAAAAGAACUCCACCUCAAAUACAACCAUUACCUGAACAAAAUCCUGAGAAUGACGAACAUCAACAAAUCGAACGAGAAAUUAAUGCUAUUCGAGAAAAACAUUCGAAAGAAGCAGAAAAACAACGAUAUAGACAGUCUGAUGUGUCAUCAACAAAAACUGUUAGAUUUGCUCGUAUUCCAUCAGAAACAAUAAUUAAAUUUGAAAAUCCAAUUGAAAUAACUGUACGUCGUGGUCAUAUAUUACAUAAAGAAAUGCAUCCAAUAAUAUCAGAACAAAUACUUAAUAUAUCUUAUAUAUGUACGGAUAGUGAAACAGCUCAUGUUUAUUGUCUUUAUGAAUGGAAUUUUGAAAAUAUACAAAAUGAUGAUAAGACAAAUGAUCAAGAAGAUUUUCUUGUACAAUAUCGUAGUGAAAUAGGAAAUAUUGAAAAUGAUAUUAAACGUUUAAUUAAUAUAAGACACAAUUCAUUAUGUAAAAUAGUUGCAUAUCAAUAUGUUACUUAUGAUACAGCUACUUAUACAUUUCGAGUUUUAACUGAAUGGUCAGAAGCUAGUUCUCUUGAAGUAUUUGAUUCUUGCCCCGUAUCGGAAUCAUUAUUGAAGAAAAUUGCAAUAUCUCUUUGCGAAAUACUUUCAUUUCUUCAUUCAAAAUCAAUCAUUCAUCGUGCAAUAAAUACGAAAUCUGUUUAUCUCUGUACAACAGGGAUUAAAAUAACACGAACAAGUUUCGUUCGAAGAUUGAAUGAUUUACAUAUUUUAUUUCAUGAAGGUCAACUUCCACGAUCAUUAUAUGGUUCAACUAAAAAUGAUAUUUAUGAUAUGGGUUUACUUUUGCUCAAUUUGGCUACUGGUCGAACACAUGAUUGUAUUCUUGAUGCACCAUCAACAUUAUCAGAUGAAUUUAGAGAUUUUCUACAACGAUGUGCAAGUGGUGAAUCAUUAAAACAAUUAUCAAUUGAUUCUUUUCUUGUUCAUAGAAUUGAAUCACAAACAAAUUUUGACAACCUUAUUUCUGAUUCAGAUACUCAUGAUACUAGUUCAACACAUAGCAAUAAUGAUGAAAUGCUUGUUUCAGCUCAAUCACGUCUUAAAUCUGAUUUUGAAGUUAUUGGAAUAAUUGGUCGAGGAGGUUUUGGUAAUGUCUUUAAAGUACAAAAUAAAUUAGAUGGAUGUUUUUAUGCUGUUAAACAAAUUCUUCUUAAAAGUGCAAAUAAACAAGUUAAUAAAAAAAUUACACGAGAAGUUAAAUUACUUUCAAAAUUAAAUCAUCAAAAUAUUGUGAGAUAUUACAGUACAUGGACUGAACAAAUGUCAUUAAAAAAUCAAAAUAAAUCUUCAAAUGAUCCAUCAACAACAAAUAAAUCAAGCAUAUCGUCAAAAAACAAACCUAUUAAUGGUGAUAGUUUAAGAUAUGAAUUACAUAGAAUGAUGCCAAAUGUUUUGAUGUCAAAAGUACAAGAAAAUCAAGAAAAUAAUUCCUUAGAUUCAACAUCAUCAUCAACACCAUCAUCAGAUGAUGAAAGUGGUGUAUUUGAUACAAGAACGUUUCAUCCAGUAGAAAGAAGUGAUGAUUUAAUCGUAUUUGAUCGUGAAGAAAACAAUGUUGAUAAAUCAGUAAAUCUUAACGAAGAAAAUAAAAAUGAUCAAUCAAGUUCGUCAUCAUCUGUAAAUAGUCAUAAUGAUCAACAUAUUCAACGAGUUUUAUUCAUUCAAAUGGAAUAUUGUGAAGGAAAUACAUUAAAACAAUUAAUAGAUCGAGGAAUAUUACAAGAGAAACCAAAAAUGAUUUGGAUGUUGUUACGUGAAAUUUUAGAUGGUCUUAAACAUAUGCAUUCAAAGGGAAUUAUUCAUCGAGAUUUAAAGCCUGGAAAUAUUCUACUUGACUCAAAUGGACAUGCAAAAAUCGGAGAUCUUGGUCUUGCAACUAUCAGUAAACUAUCUUGUUACACUGAUUCAUCUGCACAAACACAAUUAAAUCCAAAUGACAGAUCAAGUUGGUCAUUAGAACUAAAAGAUGGUGGAGUGAUAAGUACUCCAGUUGGAACAACAUUUUAUAUUGCACCAGAAUUAUUAACUGGUCAACGUAUAGCUCCAACUGAAAAAGUUGAUAUAUAUAGUUUGGGUAUAACAUUUUUUGAAAUGUGCUAUCCAUUUAAUACAUCAAUGGAGCGUGCAAAAAUAUUAUGUGAAUUACGGCGUCCGGAAAUUCAUGUACCAAAUCAUUUUCGUCAAAAAUCAUUUUCACGUCAUUAUGAAUUAGUUAUACAAAUGCUUAAUCAUGAACCGGAUAAACGACCAAGUGCAAAUACAUUACUAGAAUCAAAUAUAAUUCCAUUUGAACAAGAAGAACAAUUUGAACAAUUAUUAGAUCGUAUGAUAAAUAGUACAAAUAAUGAUUUACAAUCAUUUUAUUAUCGAAAAACAAUAACAAAAUUAUUUUUAAGAAAAAAUAAUAUUGCACGUGAUGCAACAUUUGAUCCCGAUACACAAAUUGAUUUUAAUAGGUUAGCAAUAUUUCAUCGUGAUUCACAUAUCUAUGCCAGUUUACGUAAUAGUUUUAUCCGUAUAUUUGAAAAAUAUGGGGCAUUUCUUAUGCGAUUACCAAUCUUUAUACCAGAUACAUCGAUUUAUAAUAAAAAUGAUUGUUCAAAUUUAAAAUUUAUAUCAUCAACUGGUCUUAUUGUUUCACUUGCAUUUGAUUCAAAAGUACCAUUAGCUCGUUAUAUUGCUCGAUGUGUAUCUCAUUAUGGUUUAAAUGGUUUGCCAACAAUGAAAUGUUAUCAAAUUGGAAGUGUUUAUCGUGAAGGUGUUACUGAAAUGCAUCCACGAGAAUUAACUGAAUGUGGUUAUGAUAUUAUAUUUACACAAUCAACAUUUCUUCCGGAUGCUGAAAUAUUAGCUGUAAGUCAAGAUGUUCUUGAAGAAUUACAUUUACAAAAAAAACGAAAUGUAUUUAUUCGAUUAAAUCAUAGUCAAUUAUUACGUGCUAUAUUAAUCUUCUUCGAUGUACCUAUGGAUAAGAUUAGUUCAACUUUAGCAGCAAUCAAUAAAAGUCGAUUUGACUCGACAAAUUCAACAAUAGCUACGCAUUUAAUUGAAAAUGGAAUUAGUGAACAAACAGCGAAUCGUAUUCAAACAUUGUUAGAUAAAGAUGGACCAUUUGAUGAAAUUAUUACACAUUUAAAAGGUUUUACUAAAUCUAAAACUGAGGGAUCAAAAUUAUUAAAAAAUAUUGUUGAUGAAUUAGAAAUAAUCGUUAAAUAUGCACGUUGUUUCGGUGUGACGAUACCUAUACGUCUAACACUUCGAUUUGUGACACUUAAUCCAAUAUUAGAUAUAAAUACUUUUUCAGGUUUUAUGUUUCAAUUAGCUUCUGUUGUACAACGAAAAAAACGAUCUGUUUAUGAAGUCUAUGCUGGAGGUGGUCGAUAUGAUCCAUUACUUGCACAUUUUCGACGACCAUCUCAAAAAAAUCUUUCUAAUGAUUUACCUCAUAUUGUUGGUGUAAGUUUUGAUAUGGAACGUUUUCUUCAACUUUCAGCAACUCGAACAACAAGUCCAACUCGUUUAUUAAAUAAUACUAAACCUUGCGAUACAGUAAUUUGUUUGGGUAGUCAUCCAGUGGAAUUAUUACGUCUUCGUCAUGAACUUGUUACAAAUGGUAUCGGUGUUGAUACUUUCUAUGAAUUACCAUCGAAUUUUGAAAUUCUCGACGAAUAUUGUAUUUCAUGUGGCUAUAUUCAUUUAAUUUACGGUAAAGGUUCCAUUGAUGAAGGUUUUCGUUUUCGUACAUAUGAAAAUGGUAAAGUCAUUACUGAUAAACGUGUCUUCAGUGGUCAAAUCGUUCAAUACUAUCGAGCGGAUAAUAAUAGUACAAAUUUAACUAAUAUAAAUAAUAGUGCAGCGUCAUCUAAUCUAUUUAAUGAUACUGAACAAUUAUUACCACAACAAACAUUGAGUACAUCAAGUGGACUUUUAAUAAAAAAUGUUCCAUCAUCAUCAUCAUCAUUAAAUUCAAAUAAUGAACCAAUUAGUGCUGGUGCACAAUUAAAUAUAUAUCUGUAUUUAAUUGAACCAAUGCAUAAAUCAAUACCAAAAAAGAAAAUUGAAAAUCAAGUACAAUAUAAAUUAUCAUCAAUAUCAUCAUUAUUUACAUCAAAAAGUCGUAUUGAAGUAUUUGUAUUUGAUAUAUCAGAUUUAAUUUUAACAAUAAUUAUAUCAACAUUAUUAAUUGAAGAUGAAAUAUCAUAUAAUACAUCAUUACGUGCAACAAUAGAAAAAAUUCCAACACGUUUUCAUGAUACAAUAUAUCGUUUUUCUGACCAAUUAAAAGAAUUACGCUUUAUAAAAAAAGCGAAAUUAUUUGUUAUAGCAUCUUAUAAAACAGAUUUCUAUAGAUUUAUGGCUGCGUUUACUUGA